AUGCUAUCUGGACUGAUGAACACCGAAAGUUGCGAGCUUAGGCACUUCAACCCAGCGGCCCACGAAGUAGCCUCGAAGGCUUUCAAAAGAACUCCCAAUGGGUUGAUCUUCACAGAAGAUCUGAAGCGGGUUUUCUCAAUUCUGCUGAUAUGUCUAGAUCUCAAAGAGAAACCCGUCUUACCGUCGAGACAUCAGCUGUUUCCUGCUUUUCAGAGAAUGUAUCCUUUUUCCUUCUGUCUUAGAGAUGCUAUAUCCACCAUGGCGAACUUGAAACUUCAAAUUAAUAUGAACUAUACCAGAGUUUCUAUGAGUUAUUCGAUCAAAACUGAGCUGGCCUGUAGGAUGUUGCAAAUGAUGAUGGAUGCCAAGCUUUUGCAUGCCCCAGCAGACAGGACUCGCGCUGAACUCAAAGAAGGUCUAGCGAUUCAGCCCACCCCAAAAGGGGUGGCAGUUUUACAGCGUUAUGUGCGCCAAGUAGGGCUAAAGAACACACCUGCACUCUUGAAGUCUGACCUCAACUCAAUGGAGCUUUUCACGUUCGAAAGAAGCUCGAUGACUGAUGCAAUAAUACACAGUGACUACUUUGUAUCGCUACUCUUUGCCAGGAUGAUGGGACCCGUUCAAAAUGUGUGGUCCCCAGAUAAUCGCCCUGACGACAUUCCCGCUUUGUCCAAACUCCUCGAAUGCAUUGAUGAUACUUUUAGCCUUGAAGGUAGUACGCCAGCUUUAAAUGCAAGCCAAGAUUGCCUGGGAUCAUUUCCCCAGAUAGUCGCUGAGGCCACCGGGAAUAUACUCAAUGAACAUCGGAGCUCACCUCUAUCUCACCGUUUUUUCACCAAUCCUGACUCUACCUCUCAUGUCCAAUACUAUGCAUCCACCUGUGGUUUAAGGCUCUUCAAUACAAAAACCUUUAAUAGUGAAAUUGCUGUUCAUGAAUGUACUUUUUCAACCAAGGCCAUAUGGCAGUGGCUCAUGGAUUGUACCGACAUUAUGUAUCCAAAAGAAGCUGUUACGAUAGCUUCGUUGUUUUUGAAGAAUGGUUUGAUAAAACCGAUUUUUUGUACACCAUCAGAAAACCAUAGGAAUAGAUUUUCAAUUGGACCCAAAUGCUUCUUCACCUUGACUGAAUUCGGCGGGGAAAGUGUUCAAUGGAAAGCUGAAGACACUAUGAAGAACUUGGCUGAUGGUCUGCCGCCCCGCAGCCAAGCCAUUACCCACCUCACGUUGAAGAAUGAUUAUACUCACGAGAACAAAACGCUGCUUUCACCUUCAAGCUUGGAGUUUGUUUCUGGCCGCAAAGAUGGCGAAUCCACCAAUCUCGCUAAUGUCCUACGCGACCCUGGGAUGAGGUACUUAUUUAAAACACAUCUUGAGAAAGAGUUUUGCGUUGAAAACCUGGAUGUCUUCAUUGAAAUCAAAAAGUUUCUGAAGCGAAUGACGGUACUCAAGAAUUUGCUGGAAACCAAACUUUCGAGGGAGUCUGAUGGUAAGAACAGCUCCAGGUCAAAGCAUUUCAGCGAUUUGGUUAUCAGCACUAUCAAUCAUGCACUCUUUAGACAGGCCAGUGAAUGCUUGGAAAAUGCAUACCAAAUUUAUUCCUCUUUUGUUGCACCAGGCUCACCCUAUCAACUCAAUAUCGACCACAAGCUGAGAGAGGCCAUUACAGAAGUAAUCCUCCAUCCCCAGCAUAGCAUUUCCUCAGACGAAACCACACAUGUGGGUCAUCGGACAAAACAUACGGACAAUAAAGCGGGAAUGACUAUUGAAGGCGAGAGAAAGUCCACUAUACGAUCUAACUUGAAAGAUGUGCUAACAACAACUGAUCAUACAAACCACGAGGCUACGCCUCAAGAAGUGAGUUUUGCGAGCACUUAUUAUGGUAUAGGCGUCAAUGAUAAGUCGGAAGGCGAUUUUUCCAGCAUUUUGAAGACGCUGAAGCUCAUUUAUCCUCUUUAUGAAAACGUAGCCGGCGUUAUGUACCAGCUUAUGGAGGUGGACUCCCUCCCAAAAUUCAUAAAUUCUGAAAUAUAUCAGGAGGCAGCAGCAAUGUUGAAUUUUGACGGAACGAUGCCAUAA